AUGGGUGCGUCAAAUACUAAAGACCUGAACCAAUCUUAGAAAAUUCCUGCAAACUAAGUAGCAUCUAUGUCAGGCAGUUUCUUCCAAGAUGUGGAUGAAAGCUUACUAGACAAAGAUCCAUUGCUGAAGACUAUGACUAUCCGUAAAAAGGUCUCAGUGCUGGAGCAAAUAGAAAAUCAGAAGCAAUCAUCAACUAGAAGUGACUUUGAGCAUGACUUGGUAAUCUCAUUUUGGUAUGCAGUGCAUUAGGAGAACUUUGAAAUAGCCAGACAUAUUCUGAAUCAGAACAUCUACAUUAGGUAGCUUGUGACACUUGCUCUCUUUAAGAAAAAUAGCAGACUGAGCAAGAGCGAUGACAAGGACACUGAUAUGAUGAAGCGUUAGAUAUUUGAAGCGAGAAAGGAAUUUGAAAAGUCUUAGCGAGACCUAGGACCUAGAACUCCUUCCCCUUUUGAAUCAGGAAGUGAGCUAGACGAGUCAUAUAGGAACAUGCAAGAUAGUAAGUCAGAUCAUCAAGAAGAGUUAGUAAGAUCGAGUAGAAGGGGGAGAGAUAGAGGCAGAAAUGGAAACUAGAUCAAAUCAGAGUAAAGAAAUAGGAAUGUAUAGGACUUCAUGAAUUAUGAAGGAGGCUCGGAGGAAGAAGAUUUAGAGCAAUCUAUUUCAUUGGCGGAUAAAGAGGAUUAUGAUGACGAAGAUCCGUUAGAUGAUGGCAAUCCUCCAAAUUUAGACUUGCCAUAAGAAGAUGAUGGAGAUAGUGAUAACAGCGAGACAGCAAUUAACAAGAGAAACUAAGAACAUUUGGAGUUUUUGAAGCAGCAGGGAAUUACAGAGUAUGACAUUGAUACAGUAGACAUAAACUCCAAGGAGAAGAUAGUGAAGCUGAAGAAUGCCUUUAGAAUCAGAUUCUCUUCACUUAUGACUAACAUACUGAAGAUCUUGCUAUUUAGAGGGGAGGAGAAACUAGCAUGCUUACUGACUGCAUACUAUGAGAUAGCUAUAGACGACGAUAUGAUAUUCAGAGCAGUUGAGAACAUGCAUUUCUACUGGCUGCAGUUUGUCUGGGCAUUCAAUAAAAAUGUACUCGGGCCAAGAAACACCACUGAUGCUACUCCAAUCACUUACACACAGCUAUUUGAUAUUGUUAAAAAUAUGUAUGAAACUUCGAGUCAGAUUAAAGAGGGAAUUAAAAUGAUUUGCUAGUGGCUUUUGAUUACUGAUGAUAACAUUUUAUUAGCGCUUUUGUAUCACUACCAAGACAACCUUGCUCUUGACUACAUGGGAUAUUACAAUAAAUUCCUAGACAAGGACCUCUUCUUAUAUUCAAUGAACCAUGGAAACAAAAUGUUUCUGCAACAUGCUUUACUGAUGGGUGCUUUUGACAAGACUAUUUUUAAGGAAGAGGAAGUGAUCGGCUAAAUUCUGGUUAUACUUAAGUAUAAAUAAGCAUAUUUAAAGAUCAUUAUAGAGAUGGGUGCAGAACUAAUUUCCUGCUCAAUAGAGCUUAUCCAAGUCUUUGAAGACUAUGUAGAGCAGAGCUUUGAGUCAAACUUGCUGCUGCUUUCUUACAAUCCUCUGAUGAGUAUUGCUUUGACCUCUGAGCUUCUGAAGUUUAUUGCUGAUAAUAGGAAGAGAUUUGAGAACGAGUGCAAUAAAAUCUAUGAUGACAUAUUGGAACUGGGUAAGAUGUUCACCUCUAAGAUUGACGAUGAGAAGUACUAUGAGAAUCUGAUUUUAGAUAGAGAUUUCAGAGAUAGAAGCGUCCUAAAGAUCAUCACAGAAAGUUUAUUCGAGCCUCUUAUUCCUGAGGAUGACCCUAAGCCUGAGAAUUUAAUGAUUCAGCUCUGGCAAGGCAAGGAAGCAACAAGAUGUGAUGGCAAUAUUUACGGCUACUCUAAUCUGAUGCAUAUUAUUUGGACUAAAGCUAAAAAGACUGGCGGCAAAGCCACAUUCUUCGAACUUAUAUCUAACUUCUUUGAAGUGAACUACACUGUAGAUUAUACUUUCCAGUAUAGAUACAGAACCAGGUCAAUCGCCUUUUACUUUAGAAAGGAAUUCUUCAAUGCUUUUAUACUACUGAUACUGUUCCAACUUAUAAACUAUGACUAUCUCAGCUACUUUAGAGGACCCUCUUAAUACUUGGCCUAGGAGCCUGACCCAGAAACUGGCUAAAAUGUCACUGUGCUUACAAAUAUUGAUAUUGGGGGCUCUAUUUAUGAUUUCUCUAGUGUGAUUUUUCAGGAAGACAAUUUAACUGAUGAGGAGCGAUAUUAAAGAAUCUAUGAUAACUAGAUUAAAUACAGAAGGUGGGAGUACUAUAUGUUAAUUUUCAGUUGUUCCUUGCUAUUUUCAUUGUUCCUCAAAUAGUUUUUCAAUCUAUUCUCCAGAGCAAAAAUAGCAAUAGAUAAAUGGACUUUAAUUGACACACUUAAUGGAGUACUCAAUAUUGCAUCUUAUGUUAUAGUCAUAAGUUCAAGCGCCUCUUCACUCAAUAACCCUGAAUUCAAAAACAACUUAGACUACAUCAUGAUAUUUGUUCUCAUUCUAUCUUGGAUAAGAUUUUUCAUUUACUUCUUAGUGGUCAGAGACAUAUCUAAGAUGCUUUUGACUAUUUGGGAAAUGCUUGCAGAUACUCUCAGUUUUAUAUUCAUUGUCGUUUGCUAUUUUGUGAUUACAGCCUCAGUUUUUACUACCCUUUAUCAAGAUUUGAAUCCAGACAAGUUUGGAGGCUUGGCAAUUUCACUAAGAACACUCUACGACUCAGCCAUGGCAGUCUAUGACUAUAAAGGUAUGGGAAGCCAAGAAGUUUCAUUUUCAAUCAUUCAGAUUAUCCACAUAUUCUUCGCUAACAUCUUACUAAUGAACUUUUUGAUUGCUAUUUUAUCUUACACCUACGAAAAUAUGCAGCAGAUUUCAGUCUUCAAAUACAAAGUUAACUUGUAUAAAUAUUGCGAGAGAUAUCUAAUUGCCUUCGAAAACGACUCAUUUGGAGAGAUCGUUUUGCAUUCUCCUCCCACUAAUUACUUCGUACUGUUCAUACUUCCGUUUAUGGUCAAUAGAAAUCUGAUGAAGAGAGUUUCUAAAAUAUUUUCAUAUGGAAUAUUUUGGAUUGAAAACGUGAUAUUUCUCUUUAUAUUUCUUCUGUACGAAAUAUUCUUGAUACCAGUAGUUUAUGUGAAAACAUUUAUCAACAUCAUUACAUGCUCUGUAGGAUUAUUUACUAUCAUGUUUCAUUGUGCAGCUUGGUUCUUCUCUGGAUUUUUCUUCAGCUUUUUCUUGGUGUUUAGAGAUAUCUAUUACUUGGCUAAGAUUUUAUCAAUGCAUUAGGGCUGUAGACAGGCUCUAGGUUUAGCUGAUGAAUUAAAAGAGGAAGUAAUCGAUAAAGAAGUGAAACUUAAAGUAUAUAAUGAGAUCAGAGAAACAGUUAUCGAGGUUUAUAUAGAUAUUAGGAAACAGAACAAGGGUGGAGAGGAGUAUGACUAAUUUCUGGGCAAUCUCAAUGAUCUAGAUAUAUUGUAAAUUCUAGAAAAAGACUCUGGCAAGUUUGAGGAUGAGAUUUUUGUCGUCAAGCAGAGUGUAAUCCACGAUGAGUGGAAAAAGAGGAAAGCAAGGCAAAUUCUCAAUAAGAAAAAAUCACUAAACGGAGAGAAAGAAAGUGGCACAAAAUCCCAAUAGCUUUCUCGAAAAGGCACAGCAGUUAGCAAAGGCUUGAUAACUCCUAAGGAGUCAGUUGCUUCAAUAUAAAAAUAGAAAAAGACCUCAAUGCUUCAAGAUGUGCUUGGAAACAAAAAAGCUUCUGUAAGUACAAAGAUUAUGGAGGCAAUGUUUUAAAAGCCUAAGACUCCUGAUGAUGCAGGAUCAGAAAAUGACAUUGAAGAAGAUGAAGAUGAUUCAGAUGAUAACAGGUAGGACAGUGAAAUGGACUAGAAUAAGUAGGAAGAGGAGAUAGUUGAGGAGUACCUGAAGAAAUUUGUGAUAGUUAGUGAAAGCAGUACUCUCGACCACAUAAACAUAGUGAUCAUGCUCAAAGCCAUUCCAAACCAGAUUGUUGACUAUAAUCUUGAACAGAAUGAACUAUUCAACUUUAAGAUCUUCUAGGAUUCCUUGGUGGCCUUCUAAAACCUGGACAUGGUCAACGCCUUCGAGUAUUUCGACGAGAAAAAUAGAGAGAGAGUUCAGAAUGUAAAGGAAAUGCUGAUCAGUUAGAGAACCAAUCUAAAUUCAGUCCAUGAUAUAAUCAGUCAUGUUAAGCAUAAGGUCCAGAAGAAUGAAGAAAUCUUCGCUUAGUUUAACUUCUUAGAAAAUUAGAUGUCUGAUGAGACUGUAACUGGAGGAGGUAGAAGCAUUCUAUUCAAUAAUGAUUCUAACUCAAAUAACAACUUUGAUGAUAACCUGACUGCCGAUAAUGAAAGCAGAAUGAGCGCAGGCAUUUUUAAUAAUACUCUACUUAAACUUAGAGGAAAUAAAUGA